CAAUGUUCGCAUAUGCGGUUUUAUGUAAUGGCGGAAGAGGCAGUAGAACCGAUUACAGAACUCUCAAACAAGCUCACUCUCGAUAUAGAUACUAGUGACCCCGGAGAAAUAGUGAGCAAACUUUACCAAUGCGACAAAGAACUUUUCGAUGGAUGGAAUAACUACCCGUCCAUGUUAUGUGAAGACACAAUACACGUAGUUUCCCAGUUGGCAAAAGCUUGUCUUCGUGUACUGAAGAACCGAGGUCUUAUAGUGAUUUCUGGCUGCGGAACAUCAGGGAGGCUAGCAUUUGCAACAUCUAAGAAAUUCAACGCCCUAGCGAAGUCACAGGGAUCGCUUGGUGCCAAUCCAUACGAUUAUUUAAUAUCCGGAGGGGACGAAGCUCUCUUUUCUUCGAGGGAAAUCCCCGAAGAUGACUGGGAACAGGGUCAGGCUGAUCUGAUUGCUUUGUGUAAGGGGCACGCCAACGUCUUGUAUAUCGGUGUCACGUGUGGAUUAUCAGCACCUUAUGUUGCUGGUCAGCUGGACUAUUGUUUGGAUAACCCAGACUUGUUCACCUCUGUAUUGGUAGGGUUUAACCCAGUACAUAUGUCCAGGAAAGCACCAAUUGAGGGCUGGUCCAAGACGUUCUAUGAUGUGGCUUGUAAACUACAAGAUUGCAAAAAUGGAAUAAUUUUGAAUCCAGUGUUGGGUCCAGAGGCCAUCACUGGUUCAACCCGCAUGAAGGGCGGAAGUGCCACAAAGAUGAUAAUAGAAACAGCUUUAUUUCUAGCUCAUCUUCAAGUACCAAAUACCCCUGGUGGAGGGAUGAAUCUUAGCCCACUCGACCUCCUACAAGAGUAUAAGCAUGUACUACAUGAAACAUACUCCCAUUUAAAGGAACUCACUGAGGCUGUUUCUAUAUGUGGGGAGAGUCUGAAAAACAAAGGACAUGUUUACUAUGUGAGCUGGGGUUCAGUUGGAUUUUUACCACUUUUAGAUGCCGCAGAAUGUGUUCCUACCUUCAGUUCAAACUUUCAUGAUAUUAGAGCAUUCAUGGAUGGGGGAUUCACUUCUCUUGGAAACAAAGAAGGGCAGUUACUAAGUUUAGAUAUUUCACUUCUGGAAUUUGAGAAUAACAUGCUUCCUCAUGUCUCAUGUUUGGACAGUGUGGUGUUUGUGUGUUUGUCUGGGGUUCAUCUUCCAAAACUCCAGGAAGUUGUGAUAAAAUUGUCCACUCAGCAAGCAAACAUUAUUGUCAUCUGCUUGCCUCAACUAUAUAAAGACUGUAUAAACUUGGCAAAUGACAUUACUUAUAUUGUUCUCAAUGUAGAGCAAAGCUCAGAGGUUCAGAUGGGAUCUGAACUUGUUCAAUUGGUAUAUUAUGAAUCUUUGCUGGAAUUGUCAGUUAAGUGGGUACUUAACUGUUUAUCAACAGGAGCACAUAUCCUUAAAGGAAAAGUUCUACAGAAUUACAUGAUAGAUUUAAAAGUCUCUAAUAACAAGCUUUUUCACAGAGCAAUUUCAAUAAUAUCCAAGUUUGGAUCAUGCAGUAAAGAAGACUCCUUUAAGGCACUGUUAAAGUCCAUCUACAGAUGUGAUGAGGUAAACAAAGGCAUUAUAAAUAUGGUGACAUCACAACACAUCAGUGCUAGUAUGGCGCGAGAGCAAGUGGUUCCCCUUGCCAUACUGCUAGCCAAAGGGAGGCACGAUGUCGCCACAGCAAGGAAACUACUCGAAAGCAAAACUAUUGCUGUAAUACUGCAAGAUCAGAUUAUGGAUUGUAAAGUUUUAAAGGUGUUCUAAAAUUGAUUGCAAAUUUGAUACUUAACCUGCUAGUUCACGUCCAAAUGAGACCUGGUUGGCAGUCUAGUAGCUACUAGUCAUUGAUGGAAAAUGAAUCAGUUCUUCUCUCAUCAUAAGAGGCCAAUAAUAACUCAAUAAUAACUCAACACUCAAAGAUAAAAUUUGUAUCAAUGCAAAUACAAACAUGUAAUAUCAUGUUUAUUAUAUGAAAUCUUAUAUGAAAUCUUUCAGAUGCUUGUGAAAAUACUGAAAUCUCAUUGGUUAAAACUUGUUACCUUAUUACACUUAAUUUUCGCGACGUCAAAAUAUCGCGAUUUUGAAAUGGCGAUAUUUCGCGACACUUUAUUUUCGUGAUUUCGCUAUUUUCGUACAAAACCAGGUCACUUUAUUUUCGCGAUUUUGCGAUGUUGGUACAAUACAAUCAAGCAAAACAGUUGGAAUUAAAACUGUGCUUUCAUUCAAAACUGUAACAAACUGUACAGAAACAUGUAUGGGAUUAAUUUGUUCCACAAAGAAGUAUAGCUUAUAAAUAUUUCAACAAAGGC